AUGGAAGUUUCACCUGAGGAGGAAGAGCCAUUGACUCCUGAGGCGGACUCUUCGGAGAUUUACUCGAAACCCCCCUCGGCGAGAGAUACCAGAUGUCUCCCUCCAAAUCCCAGGCCCGGUGUAUUAGAACUCUCCGUGGAACCCCUGGUUGUGGGCUCAGAAUCAAUACUUUCGGCGACUGCCAAGACAAAACCCGUUCGAGGUAAAUACCUCAGUGGCAGAUAUAUCCGUGCGCUUGCCCUUUGUGCAUUUAUUUUGUUCUAA